AUGGCUGCAUGUCAAAGUUCUCGAAAUGAAAAGAAGACAACAAAGAAUAAAGAUAAUAACGUCUCACCAUAUUUCACAAAGAUACUACAACAGGCUUGUUACGGUGCACAGACAAAACUUCGUUUUGAUCUCUUCCAAAGUAAAAAAAGCGAUGAAAGUACAAAAUAUAAAGGACUUGUUUGUAAUGGCCACAUAAAUGGUGUCUGCGUUGGUCGGGGUUAUGACGAAUUAAAAGGUAAAAAGGCACGAAAUGAUUGCGCUGAGCAAAUCAUUAACUCGAUAUUAAUUCAAAAAGUUGUUGUUGAUGGGAGAGUAGUAAAAGAAUUAUUGAAACUCUUGCCAAAAGACUAUCAAAAGUGUGCAAAACCCCUCCCACCUGCACCAAAACCCCUCCCAUCUGCACCAAAACCCUUCCCAUCUGCAUCAAGAUCCCUCCCACCUGCACGAAGACCUCUCCCACCUGCACCAAAACCCCUCCCACCUGCACCAAAACCCUUCCCAUCUGCACCAAAACCCUUCCCAUCUGCAUCAAGACCCCUCCCACCUGCACAAAGACCUCUCCCACCUGCACCAAAACCCCUCCCACCUGCACCAAAACCCCUCCCACCUGCAUCAAGACCCCUCCCACCUGCACCAAGACCAGCACCCCACCUCCCCAUUGGGGGGGACACACAACAGAGUUCAUCGGGCGGUAAUGUGGAACAAACAGGGAAAAGUGUCCAGAAAAAAAUAACUAAAGUCUGGCAGAAUAUGCUUGCACAAGCACACACACAACAGAACAUUACAACAGGGGCAGGCAGUCAACAGAAUGAUGAGACAGAAUGUACCGAGGGGCAGAGCAUUCAAGAAACACAACAAAAUACUACAACAAAGGGGCAGAGCAUUCAAAAGACACAACAGAAUAGUACAACAGGGGGGAGCAUCCAACAGAAUACUACAACAGGGGGAAGGAUCCAACAGAAUGCUGCAACAGGGGGUAGCAUGCAAGAGAAUUGUCCAAAAAUACCUGAGAGUAACCGUGGAUAUCAAAUGCUAUGUAAAAUGGGAUGGACAGGCGGAGGGCUGGGUAAGAAAGGAAAUGAAGGCAUUGAAGAACCCAUUGUCGUAAAUAAAAUCUGUGGAAGACGGGGUCUUGGAAUGGAUUUUGUUGACACAUCACAUCAACACCGUACCCUACAACAUAAGCAGAAGAAAAAACAGAAAACACAACGAGCCAUUUCUCGUAAGCUUAUAAACAAAUUUGUAAGGGGUGAUGGACACAAGAUUGUUGUUACAAAACCUUUAAUAGAAGAUGACCAUCGACUUUUGCAGAAGUUGUGUGAUAGAAAUUGUCUGUUGUAUGAAUUUAUUGGACCAUCUAAGCAUCUGGUGAUAAGAAAGCCGUUAAACUGGCCAUCAACCACAGCCGGACAGAGAAUAGCAAAAAUGAUCAAGACAAAAAUGCAGAGACAAAUGAACAAGAUUAAAAUUACGAGAUCAUCAAGUAAUAUGCCGGCAAAACCAACACAUGCUGACACAUCUCUUACAAACAUCAAGAAAAUUGCAAUGAUGUCAAAUGCUGAGCAUGAAUCUACAAAUGAAACAGUCUCUAAUAUGAAUGUGGACACUGAACAUGUUUCUCAAAAUUUGCCCAUUGCAAGUCACACUGUUGAAACAUCCAGUGACAACUUUGAAAAAGCAUCCUACCCACUCCAAUCCACCACCGCACCCAAUUCUACUGGACAUCCCUCCACUGGACAUAGUGCCACCUCCACCAGACAUGGUACCUCCACUGGAAAUGGUACCACUCAUGGACAUUGUACCUCCUCCACUGGACAAUUUGAUACCUCUGAUGGACAUGGUACCUCCUCCACCGGAAAUGGUACCUCCUCCACUGGACAUGAUACCUCUGCUGGACCAAUGAUACAAACAAGUAUUAAAACUGAACUUCUGCAGCUCUCCACAUUGGAUGAUUUUAAACUUGGUGAUGAUGUCUGGGAGAUUUUCUUGGCUUUCUUAAAAAGUAGUGAUGAAGAGCUAGAUAUUUCAAGAAAUUUAACAAGCAAGGAAAGACUGUUUCUGUAUAUGAUUAGUGAUAAGUAUGGUUUUCAUUUCAUGUUAUUUUCACAUGGUGAUGAGAGGAGUAUUGUCAUCAGAAAGUGCUAA